CCCAAUCCAAUUGGUUUCAGUCCACAAUCUGGGGUGGUAGGCAGUCAUGUGGUUGGGAUCAUGAUCAUCCAUCCCUAUAGACAUUGAACAGCAGGUUGCAUGAGCGUGUUAGAUCAGAUCAGGCUGAGCAGCAACCAUUUGCAUAACACGAAGAUUUGCGUCAAUCAUUGGAGGAGCUCCAGACCGAGACCGAGACUCGAAUUCGUUGAAAACAGCUCCCAGCAAUCGCUCUCUCCUCUCUCUCUCUUUCUCUGCUAGCAAACGGUCUCUGCUCUGCGCUACGCUCAGGUGAUAUCAGCUGCACACACAUACACAUGACCACAUGCAGGCAUGCAUUCACGCUCGCUCAUAACCACACACAUUCAUAAAUCAGCGCUCUAAAACGGGGCUCUCUGUCGAGAUACUUUUUUGGGGGAAUGAUGGGGGCCUGUGUGUAUGCGUGUGUGUUUUCGUAGCGAGAGAGAGAGAGAGAGAGAGAGCAGCCCACCGAAUCCAUUCGUUUGGUGUGUAUUAAGGCCGACGUCUCUGCCUCGGCACGGCCGCCAUUCUACGAUACCUCUGCCUUUGCUUUGGAGUACUCGCACUCGCUCGCUCACUCGCACUCCAGUUGCUGCUGUUGGUUCGUGUGGCUAAAGUGGCUAUUGCUCUUGGCUCUUGGCUGCUGAGCUGUCGUUGUCGGUUGUCGUUGAUGUGUUCUGCUCCUCUGCUGUCUGCUGUCCGCUGCCGCCUGUUGAUUGUACGAGUAGUUGGCUCUGUGGCUGGCGGCGUGUUUACGUCAUAGUAACACUCGAACGGACGGAAGGGACGGAAGGGACGGAUGGCCGUUAAUAAAGACAAAUAAAUCUAAAAUAUAGCAUUACUGCUACCCCUCUCCGCUGGGUAAAUGCAAAUGCGAAAGAACUUUCGAAAGCCCCGCGUGUGUGACUGAUAAGAUAACUGCGCGAAUAAAGAACGAAAACGGGAUUUGUGCGAAAAAGUGAUACUCUCCUCCCAAAUAAGGGGAGAAAUAUAAAGAGAUAUCUAAAUAUAAAACCUAACUGUUAUAAAGCAGUGAAAAAAGUCGGCUUAAUUGUCUAAAAAUGUAACAAAAGCAAGUGUGGCCAGCCGACGUUAAAGAACAAUAGCUACAAAAGAGAAAAAGUCGCGAUCUCUCCGACAAGUACUUACAUACAUGUGUGGAGUGCACCGCACACUCGCAUAGAAGACGACAAAAACAUAAAGCAGCGAAGCAGCAGGUAAAAGCUACAAGUGAAGCUACCUUUGGAGAAUAGAAAAACAGCAGCACCAGCGGCAAAAGCAUAAUGGAAAUACCUGACCUAAUCCGCGGCGAUACCACCCGGAAGAGUGUCCGCCUCUAUGCAGCGCGCAAGGGGGCGGCACCGGCGCCGCCCAAGCUGACCGUACCCCUCCCUGAUAGCACCAGCACCUCCAACAACAAUAAUAACAACAACCAAAGCAGCGAAAUCUUGCCGGAACGCGAGAGAACACUACUUGCCAGCUCGCUGAGGACUACCGCUGGUCCCAGCCACAAGGAUCUCGAACCCGAUCUCGAUGGAAGCGCCCAGGUGCUGCACGACGACAACAACGGGGACGGGGGUUCGGUGGAGCUGCGGCGCCGUGAGGCGAAGCCGCCUCUGCCACGUGUGGCCGUCUCCGCCAUGCCGACCCUGCACCCACAGCCCAAGGAGCGACAGAAGCCGCCGCGCACACUGAUGACUGCCGAGGACGACGUGGGAGUCACCUUCGCCCUGGGCUCCAUAGAGAAGCACAUCCACAACGUCGAGGAGAGCUUCAAGCAGCAGCAGCACCAGCAGCAGUCGCAGUCCUCGAUGGACGUGAUGAAGAUGGAGAUCAUGCGCAAGCAGAGCAAGCGGUACGGCGAGACCGAGAACCUCCUACGGCCGGGCAUCAGUGACAUGUCCUCGGAGAACGACUUCCAGUACCUUGGUGGACGGCGUGCCGAGCUUGAUGACAGCAAUGAGCUGAUGCUCUCCGAGUUUCAGCGGGGCAGCGAUGGCCGAAACUCUAUUGGAGCCUAUUCUAAGAACACGGCGGUUGCCUCUGGCGGCUCUGGUGCCGUCAAGAACAAGCUGGCGCGCACUGCUUCGGACACCAAGAACACGGACACAGUGCUGGCAAUGCGAGCCACGCUCAAACAGAAGCACCAGCACCCGGACGAAAAGCAACCGGCUCCGGCCUGGAGACCAGCUGGGACGGCACCCACGCCGGCCGUCCGGACCACGACAAGUCGUGGAGGCAGCAGCAACAGCGUUGUGGAUGGUAUCACUUCGUCCAAGCUGACUGCCACCACGAUAUCGUCGUCCAAGCGGCGGGAGGAGAACUUGCGCCAGUUCGAAGCGCUCCUGGCACAAAAGUCGCAUCGUCAUGCGGCAUCAGGCGGGGCUGCUGGGUCUGGGAGCAGUGCCAGUUCCAGCUCCAAGCGGCGCACGGAACGGCCCAUUGUUGCGCCGAUUCCGCCGUACAACUCGAUCCGAACCGAAGCUGUACCCAGCUCUCACACGGGCCGAUCAAGCGUGGAUCCGCGCUCCACGUCUGGCUCAAGCUCGGGGUCUGCAUCUGUGGCGACUGCCCCAGCUGUGGGACACCAUCGCACAACUCCUCCGGCACCUAACGCGGUGGUGAACCGCAGCAACGUGUACAGCAACCAUGUUGCACAGGGUUCCCCGAACAUGCAGAUGCGGAGCAGUGCUCCGAUGCGAUGGCGCGCCACCGAGGAGCACAUCGGCAAAUACAAGCUGAUCAAGACGAUCGGCAAGGGCAACUUUGCCAAGGUGAAGCUGGCCAAGCAUUUGCCAACCGGCAAGGAGGUGGCCAUUAAGAUAAUUGACAAGACCCAACUCAAUCCUGGGUCACUUCAGAAACUCUUCAGAGAGGUUAGGAUAAUGAAGAUGCUCGACCACCCCAACAUUGUUAAACUGUUUCAAGUGAUCGAAACGGAGAAGACCCUGUAUCUGAUCAUGGAGUAUGCGUCGGGGGGCGAGGUGUUUGACUAUCUGGUACUACACGGACGCAUGAAGGAGAAGGAGGCGCGCGUUAAGUUUCGGCAAAUCGUGUCAGCUGUGCAAUACUGUCAUCAAAAGAGAAUUAUACACAGGGACUUAAAAGCGGAGAACCUCUUGCUGGACAGCGAGUUGAACAUAAAGAUAGCUGACUUUGGGUUCUCUAACGAGUUCACACCCGGCUCAAAACUGGACACGUUCUGCGGCAGUCCACCGUAUGCGGCCCCAGAGCUAUUCCAGGGCAAGAAGUACGAUGGCCCUGAGGUGGACGUGUGGUCCCUGGGCGUCAUCUUGUAUACGUUGGUGAGCGGUUCCCUGCCCUUCGACGGCUCUACAUUAAGGGAGCUGCGCGAGCGUGUACUCAGAGGCAAAUAUAGAAUCCCCUUCUAUAUGUCGACGGAUUGUGAGAAUUUGCUACGCAAAUUUUUAGUACUGAACCCCGCAAAGCGUGCUAGUCUGGAGACAAUCAUGGGCGACAAGUGGAUGAAUAUGGGGUUUGAGGACGACGAGCUCAAGCCGUAUAUUGAGCCAAAAGCCGAUUUAGCCGAUCCCAAGCGGAUAGGUAAGACGGAAGCUCUUGUCGCGAUGGGCUACAACCGACUAGAGAUCGAAAACUCGCUCUCGCAGGUGCGCUACGAUGAUGUGUUUGCAACGUAUUUGCUGCUGGGACGCAAGAGCACAGACCCGGAAAGUGACGGAUCGCGGUCGGGCUCCUCACUCUCACUGCGCAACAUCUCUGGCAAUGAUGCGGGCGGCACCGCGGGCAGCGCGGGCGUGCAGAGUCCAACACAUAGAGGGGUCCACAGGAGCAUAUCUGCGUCUAGCACUAAGCCUAGUCGUCGGGCCUCGUCUGGUGCGGAAACAUUGCGCACCGGACCGGCAAAUGCAGCCGUAACUGUGGCGGCCGCAGCGGGGGCUGUGGGUGCGGUCAACCCAAGCAACAACUACAACGCUGCAGGAACAGCGGCGGAUCGUGCAUCAGUUGGCAGCAAUUUCAAGCGCCAGAAUACCAUCGACUCGGCCACGAUUAAGGAGAACACGGCGCGCUUGGCAGCACAGAGCCAGAGACCAGCUUCGGCUACCCAAAAGAUGCUCACCACGACAGACACAACUCUGAACAGUCCCGCCAAGCCGCGUACGGCAACGAAGUAUGAUCCGACGAACGGCAAUCGCACGGUGAGCGGCACCAGUGGCAUCAUUCCACGCCGCUCCACCACGCUCUACGAGAAGACCUCGUCGACGGAGAAGACCAACGUUAUCCCUGCAGAGACAAACAGCGGAUCGGCAGCUCCCGCUGGAAAAGGUCAUACGAAAAGCGCGUCUGUAUCGAGCCCUCGCCCCUCCACAGACGGAUGCGUCUCAGUCUCGAAUGACCCGCUCGGAACGAGUCUGUUCGAUCGACUUAGAAUGGCAUCGGCUGUUAAAUCAAGCAGACACUUUCCAAGGAAUGUUCCAUCACGUUCAACCUUUCACUCUGGUCAAACCAGAGCUCGAAACAACACGGCGCUGGAAUACUCGGGCACAAGUGGCGCCUCCGGCGACUCCGCCCAUCCGGGGCGUAUGAGCUUCUUUUCGAAACUCUCCUCACGUUUUAGCAAACGUCAAUCAACCACGGAAGAGCCAGCGAAACCUCGUGUUUUGCGCUUUACAUGGUCCAUGAAGACAACAUCGCCCCUGAUGCCCGAUCAGAUAAUGCAAAAGAUACGCGAAGUACUGGAUCAGAACAACUGCGACUAUGAGCAGCGAGAGAGGUUUGUUCUUUGGUGCGUGCAUGGCGAUCCCAACACUGACUCCCUGGUGCAGUGGGAGAUUGAGGUGUGCAAGCUACCGCGCCUCUCCUUGAAUGGGGUGCGCUUUAAGCGGAUCUCUGGUACCAGCAUCGGUUUCAAGAACAUUGCGUCUCGCAUUGCUUUUGAUUUACGUCUGUGACUUAACCAAAAUAACCAUGAGGGGAUCGCCGCCGCAGUCCGCGAUAUUGAGGCCGACACUAUCUCCACGGACUACCGUCACACGGGCAGCAAUGACGGUAGCAGCAAGCUGUCAGAUCUCUCGCUUAUGUGCCGAUCCCUGACCAGUCAGCAUGGCUCUCAGCGGCGCAAAAAGAGCAGGCUGUCUAGCGCGGGAAACGAGGACUCCAAAAAAUCUGGAUCCUUGCAUUCGGCUUUUCAAAUGUACUCGCCCUUUAGCUCCAAGGAGAAUUUGGAGUCAGGCGAUGACAUGCAGGCAGCUCGCCUCGGCAUAGUGCGUGAUCAGGACUCGCUGGGUACUGAUGCGCAGCCCAGCGAUUCAAUUAUCAUGCCCCUCUGCAGUGAAUUAAAUACAAUAAACGCCAUUUUGGAAGAGGAAGGCGAGAGCGUAGAAAAUAAAACGAGUGAAUCUUUUAAUGAGACAACCAAAGGUCCAACGACCACAUCGGUGGACAGUGGAAGACAUGAAGAUGAUGUCAGUGGCCAAAAGGGCAGAGGUGAUGACAGCAGUGGCAGCGGCAGGGGCGGAAGCAAUCGAAUAAAAAGGAACCUCAAACACACGGGCAGCCUCAUUGUGCGCAAACUAACAGCCUUCAGGCAUGGCGGUUCAGACAAAAAGGGUGCGUCUAGGACAAGCAUAAUAUCAAAGGAGCCACAGGUCCCACCCGAACAGCAUGGACAGAAUCCAGUGGCCAAGGAAGAGGAAAAACCAAACACCAAAUCGCAUGUGGCAAUGCUACGCACCACAACUCUCUAAAUAUAAUAGAACCGGGUCGUAGCAUGCGAAAUUACUUUAAUUGUGGGGGGGAUAUGUAGUCUGUACGUAUCUAUUGUAUGUAUGUUUGCUAAAUAUUUGGGUCAAUGCGUACUAAAGGUCCACACAGAAUCUCAAGUAAAAAAAUACAUUUUAGUGUCCUUCAUUGGUAUAAACUACAUGCUCGCAGAACAAUCGAGCAGAUGAGCUCUGCUCUGAUAUAUAUGUAUCUACUUUGAAAAUGCAUUAGAACCCACAUAGAUACGCACAUAUUUACAUAGAAUACAGUAAUUGAUAGGAACCUAGAGAAGGCCUGCGGACGAUAGGCUCGAAUCGACAAAAUUAAAGUAAAUAUAAUCAUGACAGAUCACACAAUUCAAUAAAAGAAUAAUAAUAAAUAUUAACAAGAAGAAAUCAACGCUCUAUAAACUGCAUUUAUGUGUCGAUAUCCAGUAAAAUUAAUUGCUUGGCAAGAAAACGAUCAAAGUACACAAUAUACAUACACUGAUAUCCAA